ACUGUGUCACAUGACUGAGCGGCAAACUCCGCUUUAUAAGUAACAAGGGGAGGGGAAACUCCGCCUCCGUCACGCGCCAAUCCCCGCCCUCAGCCUAUUAGCGGCGGCGCUUCCCGGCUGGUCUCCAUAGUAACGGGAGAUAUGGAGCCUACGGGAAGCGUCGAGAGUCGGAGACAACGGGCGGAGGAUUCCGGACAGUGGCAGCUGUUUCGGUUUUGGGAUGAGCUGAGCCCGGUGGAAAAGGAGGCGCUGCUGGAUCAGCUGGAAAUGCUUGAGCCCCGGGAGUUGAAGGAGCACUGUCUGCGGGCACAGGAGGCGUAUGUGCGGGACAUCAGCGCCCCCCAGCGGCUGGAUGAUACAAUGCAGCCUGUACCCUCACUGUUACUGGGCAGCGUCCGGCACAGCAGCACCGGGGAGCUGGACUCAUGGGAGAGACAGGGGUUUCAUCAGAUUGCGCAGAACAAGGUGGCCGUCCUUCUUCUUGCUGGGGGUCAGGGAACCCGUCUGGGGGUGACGUACCCCAAAGGAAUGUACAGAGUGGGCCUGCCGAGUGCUAAAACCCUGUACCAGAUCCAGGCAGAGCGGAUCCUCCGGGUGCAGCAUUUGGCCAGUGAGCAACAUGGCGUCUCCUGCAUCGUGCCUUGGUACAUCAUGACGAGCGAGUUCACUUUGGGUCCCACACGCAAGUUCUUUGAGGAACACGACUACUUUGGGCUGGAGAGGUCGGACGUGAUCAUGUUUGAGCAGAGGAUGCUGCCGGCGGUGGGAUUUGAUGGAAAGGCCAUUCUGGAGGAUAAAGCUAAACUUGCUAUGGCUCCAGAUGGGAACGGGGGUCUGUACCAGGCUCUGUCUGAUAACCGCAUCCUGGAGGACAUGGAAGGGAGGGGCAUCCAGUACAUUCACGUCUAUUGUGUGGACAACAUCCUGGUCAAGAUGGCCGACCCCGUGUUUAUUGGCUUCUGUGUCAGCAAAGGGGCCGACUGUGGGGCCAAGGUAGUGGAGAAGGGGUACCCGGCCGAGCCAGUGGGGGUGGUGUGUCAAGUAGACGGCGUUUAUCAGGUGGUGGAAUACAGCGAAAUAAGCCCCGAAACUGUGGAGAAACGCAAUCCUGAUGGCAGCCUGACCUUCAGCGCUGGAAACAUCUGCAAUCACUUCUUCACUGUGCCCUUCCUCAGGGCUGUCACUGGGUCGUUGGAGCCGCGCCUGAAUUACCACGUAGCCAUAAAGAAAAUCCCUUACGUGGACAAUGAGGGAAAUUUGGUGAAACCGACGCGACCAAACGGGAUCAAAAUGGAGAAGUUUGUGUUCGACGUCUUCCAGUUUGCAAAGAACUUUGUUGCCUUUGAGGUGCUGAGGGAGGAAGAAUUCUCGCCACUAAAGAACGCGGAUACGGCCGAUAAGGACACCCCAACAACAGCGAGGCGGGCGCUUCUGUGGCAACAUUACCGCUGGGCAAAGAGAUCCGGCGCCCGCUUUUUAGAUGAGAACGGCAGUCCCAUACCUGACAGCUACAGGAUUUCAAGCGAGUUCGACCCUCCAGCUGUGUGUGAGAUCUCCCCUUUGGUGUCGUAUUUCGGAGAGGGGUUAGAAUCAUACGUGAAGGACAAAGACAUCUCCUCUGAGCCUUUUAUUGUGGAGAGAAGUGACUCCGGGCCAGUACCAGUCUGACCCAGCGGCUACUACAGAUGCCAAUAGGGAAGCCAUUGCUGUGACUGACAAUCUCCGCUUCUCUCCAAUUACAUUGUAAGGCAGGGCUGUUCAACUGGGGCCUGUAGGCAGGAUGUGGCCCCUGAAGAUGCUGCGUAUGGGCCCUGUUGGAAGCAAAACCCCCUCUCUCUUCUUGUAGCCAAAGAUUAAAGCCACUCUGCACUUUUAGCCAAAUGUGGGACUGACUUGCCACUGGGCAUGGGAUUUAAUGAGGCCCCCCUGCACUGCCACUUCUGAUUGCGUGUUGUCACUGCCAACUCUGUGGCAUUUUCUAAUGUCUGAUGUUUUCUCUUUUAAAUAAACGCCCUGCUCCAGAUUCUGCUGCCGCCUCCAUCCUCUUCCUCAUUGAUCUCUAUAGUGCCAGCCAGUUCCACUGUACUGUAUAAGGACUACAGCGUAUGAAUGGCAGCCAGCGACCCUGCCCACAAGCAAUAUGGCAGCUCCCAGCCCAGAUGUUAUAUCAACAAAGUGACUAUUUUUAGUUUUUUUUAUAAAUCAUUCAAUGCCAGAAGCUGCCCAUGCCCAGGUGGCACUUACAGUUGUACUUACUGUCUGUAUUGCAAUAAAUAGCUCUGGGACUCCCA